AUGCGGGAUAACGUGGAAUUUGCUUCACGUAACUGGGGUCAUAGCUGGCUUUCUGUUCCUGCAUUCAAAUUCGGCUCGGUGGAGAAUGCGGAUGAGAUGCUUUACGAGCAGCUAUGCGAGCUACCACAGGAUGUAUUAAUCAGAAUCGUCGAUUUUGUCCCAUCUCUCGCAGCAGUCAAUAGAUAUUUCUACGCUCUCGGCUCGCCGGCGUUACUCAGGUGCAUUGCAGACCCCAACGGCAUAACUAAGGAGAAGAUAGGACUGUUCAAUCCAUUAUGUUACAAGAGGCGUAAAGAUCAUUGCGCUUAUCUUUCAGAAAUAGCGAAUGACGACAGGCGCAUGCAAGUGAAAUCACUUGCAAUCAGCAUCGCCAACGAUAUCGUCACAUCAGAUCUAACGGCUGCGAUGAGGAGAUUGAGCAACGUAAAGUGUCCGACUAUAACAGGCUUCGUGAACGCCCCACUUGAGAAGCUACUGAGUGAGGUGUCCAUGAGUAACGUAACUGAUCUAACGCUCAACUUGUGGACAUUCGACGAGUUGGAUGAGUGCAUAGCGAAAAAUGUGCUACAAGUUAAUAUGCCGUCGUUGCAGCACUUGCAACUGCAUGCUCAGUGUAUAUUCACCAAGACAGCAUCUAAUUCCCUGAUAUACCCACAACUUAACGCCGUCGUCUCAAACCUAAGAGACUAUUUGAUCACGGCAAUUUUACCCUGCUUCGACACGCUCAUCGUGCGAGGUCUCAUAUUUACGCCACAUCUCAAAGCCUGCUUCCCUCAGCUGAGAGGAUCGGAAUUUUACAGAGCGCGUGUCUUCAAAGGCCGGGAAAAUGAUCUGGUGGAGGUGGAGGUGUAUGAAAAACUUACUGCGUUAGGCUCUGCGUAUGGCGUUACAUCAACACAGAAAAGCAUCAGUGACAUGCUGGUUACAUACGAAUGCGAGAUCUGCCAGGGCAAGUUUAGCAGGCCUGAGAACUUGUUGCGGCACAAGAGAAACUCACACAGGUCGGGCGACUUGCAUCCAUACCUGUGUUCGUGUGGGAGGAGCUAUACACGCUCAGAUAUCCUCCUCAGACAUCAGCGCGGUUGCGAAGUACACAACAACCAACCAGUGGGGUACAAGAAGCGUGGCAGGAAGCGUAAGGCUAUUCAACAGCCAGUUUCAUCAAGUGAUCCCUCCUAUUUAGCCGGGGUAGCGGCGUCAGCCUCGCAACAACAACAACAACAACAACAACAACAACAGCAGCUACAGCAACAGCAUCAACAACAACAACAACAGCUUCUUGCAUCUGCUUAUAACCAGCCACACCUUUUCAACACCGAAAAUUGGCCUCCCGCCACUUCUAUAGAUAACGAGCCCGAAUUACAAUCGCACAGAUACUGGCCCUAUACACUGUACCCAAAUACAAGUACACCGCCGCCUGAUUUCGAAGCAUCGAAUUUGCCACUCAUUGGCAAUACAUACAACAAUACACACAUACCACAGCAUGCGCCACAGCAAACACUACCACCACUAGCAUCAUGGAAUACCUCAGUAAAUCAAAGUCAUAUGGCCAGUUUGCACAAUCAACAGCUUCAACAGACUACUCAGCAAGACAAUUAUUCUGGCUGGAUAGACACAUUAACAUGCUCACACUUACAACAGCAGCAACAUAUCUACUAA